GGCUCCGGGGAGCGCCCGCCUCCUUCGCUGCCGAGCGCGGUGCACACGGGGCAUGGAGCCUGCCUGAGCCAGUCCGCGGGCAGCUGCUGCUGCAGCACAACAUGGAGGCGGCAGCGCCGCCGCCGCCGCCGCUUUUGGUCCUGUUCCUAAUCGCCGCCUCGCUACUUCGGUGCAACUUGGGGUCUGUCGCGGCUUCUCCUCUCUUGCUUUUUGCAAACCGUCGAGAUGUCAGACUGGUGGAUGCUGGUGGAGUGAAGAUGGAAGCAACAGUUGUAGUCAGUGGCUUAGAAGAUGCUGCUGCAGUGGACUUCCUUUACUCACAGAAUGUUAUUUACUGGACAGAUGUGAGCGAAGAAGCUAUCAAACAGACUUAUUUUAACCAAAGUGGGAAUCUUGUACAGAGUGUCAUCGUUUCAGGGCUGCUUUCUCCAGAUGGCCUGGCAUGUGACUGGAUUGGGAAAAAAUUGUACUGGACUGACUCAGAAACAAAUAGGAUUGAAGUUGCUAAUCUCAAUGGAACAUCUAGGAAGGUUCUUUUCUGGCAAGAUCUUGACCAGCCAAGAGCAAUUGCCCUGGAUCCAGCUCAUGGAUACAUGUAUUGGACAGAUUGGGGCGAAACACCUAGAAUAGAGCGUGCUGGAAUGGACAGCAGUUUUCGGAAAAUAAUCGUGGAUUCUGACAUUUAUUGGCCCAAUGGACUCACAAUAGAUCUCAGUGAACAAAAGCUUUAUUGGGCUGAUGCAAAGUUGAGCUUCAUUCACAGAGCAAAUCUGGACGGCUCUUUCAGGCAAAAAGUGGUGGAAGGUAGUCUCACUCAUCCAUUUGCCCUGACAUUGGCUGGGGACACCCUGUACUGGACGGAUUGGCAGACGCGUUCCAUUCAUGCCUGCAACAAGAAAGCUGGAGAGAAUAAGAGAGAAAUAAUAAAUUCUCUUUAUUCACCAAUGGACAUCCAAGUUUUGAGCCCUGAAAGACAGCCGUAUUUUCACACACCCUGUGAGGAAAAUAACGGUGGUUGUUCACAUCUGUGCCUGUUGUCCCCAAAAGAACCCUUUUAUAGUUGUACCUGUCCUACUGGAGUCCAACUACAAGAAGAUGGAAAAACCUGCAAAGCAGGUGCUGAGGAAGUCCUCUUGCUGGCUAGAAGAACGGAUCUACGAAGAAUUUCCCUGGACAUGCCGGACUUCACAGAUGUUAUUCUGCAAAUAGACAACAUUAGGCAUGCUAUUGCAAUUGACUAUGACCCUGUUGAGGGCUACAUAUAUUGGACAGAUGAUGAUGUCAGAGCUAUUCGCCGGGCAUUUCUUGACGGAUCUGGAGCCCAGACUCUAGUAACAACAGAGAUAAAUCAUCCUGAUGGCAUUGCAGUAGAUUGGGUGGGUAGGAAUUUGUAUUGGACUGAUACUGGUACAGAUCGGAUUGAAGUUACACGAUUGAAUGGGACCUCGAGAAAGAUCCUUAUUUCAGAAAACUUAGAUGAACCUAGAGCAAUAGUGCUCAAUCCUGUGAUGGGUUAUAUGUAUUGGACAGACUGGGGCGAAAACCCAAAGAUUGAGUCUGCUUAUCUUGAUGGGUCUGAGAGGAAAGUGCUGGUGAAUACUUCUCUAGGAUGGCCUAAUGGUUUGGCAUUGGAUCUUGAGGAAAGCAAACUUUAUUGGGGAGAUGCAAAAACUGACAAAAUUGAGGUAAUAAGCCUUGAUGGAACCAUGAGAAAAACACUCAUAGAAGAUAAACUUCCUCAUAUAUUUGGAUUUACUUUACUUGGUGAAUAUAUCUACUGGACAGAUUGGCAGAGACGAAGUAUUGAAAGGGUUCACAAGAAGGGGGCAAGUAGGGACAUUAUCAUUGAUCAGUUGCCAGACUUGAUGGGUCUUAAAGCAACAAGUGUCACCAGAGCAGAGGGGACAAAUCCGUGUGCUGAGAAUAAUGGCGGCUGCAGCCACCUGUGCUUCUUCACACCCCAGGAGUGCAGAUGUGCCUGUCCAAUUGGACUGGAGUUACUUAGUGAUAUGAGGACCUGCAUCAUCCCAGAAGCUUUCCUUGUCUUCACCAGCAGGGCAGCUGUUCAUAGGAUUUCUCUUGGAGCCAGCAACAAUGAUGUUGCCAUUCCUCUUACGGGUGUGAAAGAAGCUUCUGCUCUAGAUUUUGAUGUAUCUGACAACAGAAUCUACUGGACAGAUAUUAGCUUAAAGACAAUAAGCCGAGCCUUUAUGAAUGGAAGUGGACUGGAACAUGUGAUUGAGUUUGGGUUAGAUUACCCUGAAGGCAUGGCUGUAGAUUGGAUGGGAAAGAAUCUCUAUUGGGCAGAUACUGGAACCAAUAGGAUCGAAGUGGCCCGGUUGGAUGGGCUAUUCCGGCAAGUUCUUGUGUGGAAAGAUUUGGAUAAUCCAAGGUCAUUGGCUCUUGAUCCAGCAAAAGGGUAUAUGUACUGGACUGAGUGGGGAGGAAAACCCAAAAUUGUUCGAGCAUACAUGGAUGGAACAAAUAGCAUCAUGCUGGUGGAUAAGGUGGGACGUGCCAACGAUCUUACCAUUGAUUACAAGGAUCAAAGAGUUUAUUGGACUGAUCUGGACACGAGCAUGAUUGAGUCAUCCAAUAUGCUAGGACAAGAGAGGGAAAUAAUAGCAGAUGAUCUACCUCACCCCUUUGGGCUAACUCAGUACAGUGACUUCAUCUACUGGACAGAUUGGAACCUCCACAGUAUAGAAAGAGCUGACAAAACAAAUGGGAGAAAUCGAACAAUUAUUCAGAAUCGUCUGGACUUUGUGAUGGAUAUAUUAGUUUUCCACUCAUCACGACAGGAUGGUUUCAAUGAGUGUGCCCAAAAUAAUGGGCACUGUGGGCAGUUGUGCCUGGCCAUACCCAAUGGCUAUAGAUGUGGCUGUGCAUCGCACUACACCUUGGAUCCCAAGACCCGGAACUGCAGUUCACCCAGCAGCUUCUUGCUGUUCAGUCAGAGGUCUGCAAUAAGUAGGAUGAUACCAGAUGAUCAGCAGAGUCCAGAUAUCAUUCUUCCCAUCCAUGGCCUAAGAAAUGUUAAAGCCAUUGAUUAUGAUCCACUUGAUGCAUUCAUCUACUGGGUAGAUGGACGCCAAAACAUUAUUAAAAGGGCACAAGAUGAUGGCAGCCAGCCUUUCACAGUCAUGAAUAUUCGCAACCAAAGCCAAAAUCCAGAAAAGCAGCCACAUGACCUGAGCAUUGAUAUUUUCAGCCAUACUUUGUACUGGACUUGUGAAGCUACAAAUACAAUCAAUGUCCACAGACUUAAUGGGGAGCAGAUUGGAGUUGUUUUACGGGGAGAUCAUGACAAGCCCAGGGCCAUAGUUGUAAAUGCAGAACGAGGGUACAUGUAUUUCACUAAUAUGCAAGAGCGAGCCCCAAAGAUUGAACGUGCAGCCUUAGAUGGAACAGAACGAGAAGUGCUCUUCACCACUGGUUUACUUCGACCUGUUGCACUAGUGAUUGACAAUAAGCUUGGGAAGCUCUUUUGGGUGGAUGCUGAUCUCAAACGAAUUGAAAGUUGUGACUUAUCAGGGGCUAACAGGGUCACAUUACAAGAUUCUAACAUUUUGCAGCCAAUGGGUUUGACUGUUCUGGGAAAUCAUCUCUACUGGAUUGAUCGGCAGCAGCAGAUGAUCGAAAGAGUGGAGAAAACCAAUGGAUACAAGAGGACCAGAAUACAAGGUCGAAUUGCUCACCUAACUGGUAUACAUGCCGUUGAAGAUAUUGAUAUGGAAGAAUUCUCAAACCAUCCGUGUUCCCGAGAUAAUGGGAAAUGUUCACACCUCUGUAUAGCAAAAGGAGAUGGGACUCCAAGGUGUUCCUGCCCUGUUCAUUUGGUACUUCUCCAGGACCUCUUAACGUGUGGAGAGCCACCAACCUGUUCCCCGGAUCAGUUCACGUGUGCAACUGGGGAGAUUGAUUGCAUUCCCAUGGCAUGGCGUUGUGAUGGCUUUUCCGAAUGUGACGAUCAGAGUGAUGAAGAAAACUGUCCCAUCUGCUCAGCAACCCAGUUCCAAUGUGAGAAGGGACAGUGCAUCGAUGCACAUUUGAGAUGUAAUGGAGAAGUUGAUUGCCAAGACAAAUCUGAUGAAUCUUAUUGUGAAACUAUUUGUCUCCAGAAUCACUUUCAAUGUGCCAAUGGCCAGUGUAUUCUCAAAAAACAGCAGUGUGACUCCUUUCCGGACUGCAUUGAUGGUUCUGAUGAACUUUUCUGUGACAAGACACUUUUUACUGAAAAAAUUAAAUCCUCUAAUGAUUCUGGACCUCAAAGUAAUGCUAUUGGGCCUGUGAUUGGAAUUAUUCUUACCCUUUUUGUCAUGGGAGGCAUGUACUUUGUUUGCCAGCGUGUGGUUUGCCAACGUUACGCUGGGCCUAAUGGACCUUUUCCACACGAGUAUGUCAGCGGGACCCCUCACGUCCCCUUAAAUUUCAUUGCUCCAGGGAGUUCUCAGCACGGGACCUUUACAGGCAUCUCUUGUGGAAAAUCCAUGAUUAGCUCCAUGAGCCUAAUGGGUGGAAGCAGUGGUGCCCCCCUUUAUGACAGAAACCACGUCACUGGAGCUUCCUCUAGUAGUUCAUCCAGUACAAAAGCCACAUUUUAUCCACAGAUUUUGAAUCCACCACCUUCACCAGCUACAGAUCGCUCCCUCUAUAACACAGAAAUGUUUUAUUCUUCAAACAUUCCAUCAACAACAAGGUCUUACAGGCCUUAUCUUAUCAGAGGGAUUGCUCCACCAACUACCCCCUGCAGCACAGAUGUAUGUGACAGUGACUACACCACAAGCCGGUGGAAAGCCAACAAAUACUACAUCGACUUAAACUCAGACUCAGAUCCUUAUCCUCCACCUCCUACUCCUCGCAGCCAGUACAUGUCAGCAGAGGAAAGCUGCCCACCAUCUCCAGCUACCGAGCGGAGCUACUUCCACCUUUACCCCCCUCCUCCAUCUCCUUGUACAGACUCCUCAUGAUUUUAACAGAAGGGACUUGACUUUUUCUGUAAAUAUAUUUUUUAAAUAUGAACAAAGAUUUUAAAUAUAUAUAUUUUAUGAUCUAAAAUGGGGUGGGUACUUAUAAAAAUGUGAAUAAAAAUGAAUGGGCCUGGGCUGUGAAAAUUGUACAGCAAAGUGAUAUUUAUGUUGAUUUUUUUUAAUUUAAUAAUCCAUUCUUUUGUGCCAUAAUUUGCCUUUGCAUUGAAGUCACAACAUUUAAAUUGACCUCCAAAGGAGGUGAGAAGCAGAAAAUAAUAUGCUUGGAACAUUUUGAAAUCAUCUUUUUGUUCAAUAAAGGGGAAUGUGCCAAGUUAUUUUAACUAAUGUAAAAGGCAAGAAGAAGUAUGUAUGAAUGAAUGAAUGAUGAUGUUAUUUGAAAUGCGCACAAGGGAAAUUCUUGUGUGUCUGUGUAUGUCUGUAUAUGUGUGUGUGUCUGUGUGUAUGGAUUAAUACUUGAUCCUAGGUACUUAACCACAAAAAUGGGCUUCCUAUGCUUUCUUUUGUUUUAUUCCAUCAUUCACUUUCCAAGAGAGUCAGUGCAUUAAAAAAGUGAACUUCUAGAAUACGUGUUAGAUUUAUUACAUUAUUCAUCAUGAACUACUUUUCCCCAAAUUAAAAUAAGCAUUCAGUCCUAUUGAACCCAUCACACUUCUAUUACGAGUCUGUCAAAUUCAAGGCACUGCUUCAUGUUUUAGCUUUCUCUGAAGGCCCCCCAAAACAGCUCAGGAGAUUUGGAGAUGAGAGGAGGGAGGAAAGGAAGGAGGUGGUGGUCAUGAUAGAGAUAGAAAUAGAAUUGAAAAGUGGAAAAAAGGAAUGAAUCAAUGUUCUGAAAGAUUAAAAUAGUUUAGAAAAAUGUAAUCCCCCAAAGUGUCUUUUUCUCUCACAUCCAGUGAAAAUUUCUAUUAAAAAAACUAUAACAAUUAAAACACAUUUCAUCAAUUAAAAACAAUUUAUAAAGAGUUCACUGAAUAGCAAAACUAUUCAUCCAAAUUGAUGCAUUUGUAUAUUUCUUGAAUAAGGGUCUACCGAGGUCCCUGGUUGUAAAGAAAAAAGCAAGCCUUCCUCAUUUUAAAACAUAACAUACACCGCCAUCAUAUUUUCCACUGGGUAAGAAUCCAAAUUUUACCCUCUCUAGCCUAUAUAUAAUAUUAGAGAGAGAGAGAGUGAGCGCGCACACAGGAGUAAGGAUCCGCAUAAUCGGAGGUAGCAUUCAGUAAAAGAUCAUUUUAUUUGGAACAAAACCCAGAAAAAAAGGUGCUUUUCAUCACGGGUCAGGAAGAAAAUGAGCAACACGUCUCGCAUUACUGACUGUGCUUGUGCUUUUGUUUGAUUGCCUCACACAGAAUGUUUGAAAGCUUGUAGAAUUAGGAGACUGAACAAAUAAUGAAAUAUGAUUGGAAAAAGAGGGAAAAGCCAAAAUUACAGUAUGUUUUCACAGCUGCGUAACAGCAGGUACAGCCGGCUUUUGACAGUCAUAGAAUCAUUGACAAUGAUGAAAAUUGUGGUUUUUUUUUACAUUUAUAGCUGGGUUUUAGCAAGUAUUUCUGGCCAAGUGUGAGGUGAGACUUCUUCUUCCUCUGGCCCUUUUUUCCAGAGGAAAUAAGGUGGAGGUCUAUCUAUCUGUUAUUUCUGAAGAUGUUCCCAUUAGUCUAUUCCUAAUUGUUUGGAUAUGGUUUAAUUCUGAGGACUUGCAAUUAGGAUCUUUCAGUACAGGAGAAUUCUGAUCUCUCAAGAAACUUAUAUUUUGCAGUCAUGUGAUUUUACUUUUCUUUCCAAGUUUAAUAUGGGAGAUAAAAAAUAGAAUUAAUUAUUUGUAUGCAAAAAUAUCCUUACCUGAAUACUUUGGGGAAGUCAAAAUUUUUGGGGCAUAUUGCCUGUGUGUCUAGCGCAAAAAUAGUCCAUAGCAAUGCAUCUAGAGUGCUCAGCUCAAAAAUCAUAACAUUCCGUACUAAUAGUAACUCAAAUUGGAUUGGAAGAUAAUACAUUAACUUCUUCUAAGUCCAGGAUUCCAUUUCUAAGUUUGUUACAGAUAAAGCUAGUACGUGUGUGCACGCGCACACACAUACACACAAUUGUUGAGAGAUUUGCAUCCACUAAUUUUCUUUAUAAUUGCUUUUAACCUUUUGUCUAGCAUUUAUAAAAAGAUACCCUUUAAUUCUUAACAUUACAUGCUUUGAUUUACCAUUGCCAGGUUUCUGUUGUCUAAAAUGUACUGCACAUUAAAAUUUGAAUAAAUAGUUUAUUUUUUAAAAGAAAUGUAAAUAACCAUAUUAACCUGCUUGCUGAAAAAAGUGUACUGUAUUCAGUGGUGAUUUGGAUACUUUAAGCAAUGACAAAAUAACUAAUGCUACCUAUGUGAACAGAGUACUAUGAUGCUUAUGGCUACAGUCUUGCUUGCUAUUAUAAAUUUGUGUUAAUCACGAAAAUUAAAUAUGCUGCUUUCUUGAUUAACAUGUUAAUUGAGAAACAUCUCACCAAAUUCAUAUAAAUGAUCAGAUUUGCCCAACUGGAGUUGUUGUAGAAUUGAGUGAAGUCAAAAAUAUCUUAUCAAGAAAUAAUGGUUACAUUUUCAUUAUUUUAAAUUAUUUCUCUCUCUCCGAUCCACAAUUUUAGCUAAAAUAUCUUAAUAUCAGUAGUACUCUGGGCUAUGAUAUUAUCCAUUUCUUUUUUGACAUAGGUCUCAAUGAAUCACAUAAAAAAACCACACUGGGAGCUUGGUCGUUUGCUUGCAGACGAUUCAUUACCAAGGAGAAAACCACAUUCCCAUCAACACUAGCAGGGCGAACUACUGUAUAUAAAUAGAGAGCAAACCCCACACUUAAACUAGCACUGAUAAUAUUAUCUAGUCUGGUAAUGAAACAUCUGCAAGUAAACAACCAUGCUCAUAGAGCACAAAGGACUUCACAGUUCAGUUCUCUUCUGUUAGAAAAAAGAUACAGUUUACCAAAUCAUGAAUCAGUGCAGAGAUUAAUUCUAAUUUUUACAAGCUAUUUUGAAAUGAUACCAUGCAAACUAUUGAUUGUAAUUUUGGCUUUCAAGAGCCAUCCUAGUUUGGGAUCAUUGGCCAUGUUGCCAAAGAGUUACAAAUGACAUAAACCAGGGUGGCUAGUGAACUGACACGCUUUGGAUCUCAUUUUUUUUAAAGCCGUGGUUUGCUUAACUGAUUGAAUAAAUACAAUUGCUAGAUUUAUGCUAGGCCUGAACCAAAUCACAUUAUGACUUAGCCCAUGAAUAUGAACCCUAUCUUUAUAUUCUAAAUACAAUGCAUGUAGAUGUAUGUAAAUGUAACUGAUUGGCUUUAUUAAAAUUUAAGGAGCAAGUAAACUCUUCUUCAGAUCUCGCCAUAGUGCAGUGUCAAAGGUUAACUUCCUUAUAUUGGCUUGCCAUUGGUUAGUGGCUGUGUGUGGCUCACUACCCUAGGGAAAUCGAUUUAAAUGUUUAUCUUUUCAAAAGUGAUUGUUAAUGUUGGUGAAAUCUUAAGUAGCAUAUCUCUACCAACCAGACUGGGUUUUACUUUGUAGAAAGAUUUCAGAUUGGAUACCUAAUCCCUGUAGCUGAUGUUUGUUGGGGUCCACUUAGAUCCAUCUUCAUGGACAUUAGUUUUUAAAAUCCAUAAUUCACUAAAAGUAGUUAUUGAUAUUGGACCUGAGAGCGAGCUUGCUCUUAGCAAUUUACACGUUAGGACAACUAAGCCUUUUUGAAAGGAAAUGCUAGUCUUAACAUGCAAUGUACCAAAAGUCUUUGAAAAAUAUUUUAAGCACCUUUAGAGAUGGAGUUCAGUUCCCUGGAAGUUUCCUUUGCCAAUUUUAUGUGUGGAUGUAGGUGGCUGGGGUAUUGGAUGGAAAGCAGUGUGUGGUGUCAAAUUUAAUUUGUAAAAUAAUAUUUGUUGAAAAUAUUUUGUAAAUAAUGUAAUUGUGCUAUUUGCAAUUAGGGGAAAAAACAAUCCAUUUUAUUAAAUAAUGAAUAAAAACUAUUGGGCCUGGAUUAAAAUGGAGCAAAAUUAGGCUUGCCAAGUUACAAACUCAUGAAUCCUCUUUUAUUUUUGAGCCGAUUGAGCUCAGCUAGGGGAAAAGUCAGCUAACAGCUUUUCCAACUCCCCCCUCCCCUCCCGGGCCUAUUAUAUAUCUACUUUUUGUGUUGUGUUGGAUACACAUUUCACUGCUCACAUUAAAUCAUAGAUCCUUUAAUAAACCAUAGGUGGCUGAUUUUACAGAACGCUAAGCUAUAAACUAUUAUUUAACAAAUCACGAUGGUUCGCCCACUGCAGUAAACCAAACCCAAUCAUCUUAUGGGCUAUUGCAAUAUGUGAACUUUCCCAUAGGAUCUUCUUGGUCAUUUCACUAAGAAUGAGGGAAGCAGAAUAACCAAUUAUGGAAAAGUGGAGAGGGGCGGACGAACAAGAGAAGCAGUAGCUGGCUCAUCCCACUUUGGUGGGAACAUGAAAGAGGGGGAAUCAUUGGAUGCAACCUGGCAAUUUACAUUUUUAAGUGAGUUAUGUUUUACUGUUCAAUACAUAACUCGAAGGGCAUUCUAAUUAGAAAUGAAACCCAGGCUGCUUUUUGUAUUGUAUCUAAGUAUUUUGCAGUUGCUGCUAAUGUAAUGUAAAUGUACAUGAAAAUAUGCAGAUAUUGCCAAGAAUUGUUAUAAUAGACUCAUGCUGAUCUGUUUUAUAUUUAUAUUGUAAAGUGUAUUCUGCAAACCUAAAUAUUUUAGCUUUAUAUUCAUAUACCGUUUUGUAGAUACAGUUUGUCACACAGAGAAAAAGUGCCUUUGGUCUUUUUAAACAGUCUAGGAUAUUGACUUGGGCAGAUGAUAACAAAGCCUUAAAAACAAAGCAACCUUUUACUCAUUUGCUCCAUUUGUUAGUUUUUCAUCAAGCAUGGUGUUGCAAAUAUGUAUUGUGUUCAACUCAUUCCAAGUUAAGGCAUUCACAGGAUGGUGGGACUCAGCUUGUUUGUAUAUGUGAAUACGUCACUAAUUACGUGAUUUUACAGAGAGUUGUGCUUGUUUUUUUUUUGUUUUUUUUCAGAAAAUAUUUCAGAGAAAUCUGGGAGAAUUUUUUUACCCAGAAAUUACAAAAUUGGGAGCUUUAAGACACCCAAUGUGCUCCUUUUCAUUUCACUGUUUAUAUUUUAUGGAUGCUAAAUAUGCUCUUGGUAUAAAUUUUUGUAAAAUUAUGUAACAAAAUCUCUGUUAUUAAAUUAGAUUAAUGUACUUUCCUAAGGAUUGGAAUUCCAUUUAAUUUUUACUACAAUAAUAUUGACAUUUAUAUCAUAAGCACAAGCUUUACCAAAAUCACUAUUUUGAGUAUUAAUUGGGCAGCUGAAAAUAAUCUUUUGUCAUAUUAACGUCCAAUAUACACCAGGAUAUGCAAAAGCUCCCUUGCCAACAAUAAAACAGAGCCCAAUA